AUGGAGGCUGGCAGGCCAGUUCAGCCACAGAAGCUGCCACCGGAAAGUGGGACGGAUGCAGCGGAGCACGGAGAUGAUCCUGAGCACCAGGAGAUCCCGAUGCUGCCGAAAUUCGUUGCCCCACUGAAUCCUACCGCCAGAGGGUCAUGUAGCAGGCAGCGUUUGUGGCUACUUGGUAUCGCAGUUCCCAUCGUCCUAUUAUUCUGCCUUUGCAUCAUGGUUCCCUUGGUGUCGACAACUUGGCUAGCCUUGAUGCGCUUGCUUCGACAACCACCAUGUCCUCGCAACAUGCGACAUGCCCUGUGCAACUGGGGCCGCUACAACAGGGGGACUUCUGGCAUUCAGGGUUCGCUGGUGCCUUCAACGAAAAAUCCGUUGUGGGUGGACCCAAACUCGACCGUCGCCCGUCAAUCCAUGACCGAUCUCGUGGGCAUCCUGCAGCAGAGCCAGCCAGAGGAUGUGCACAAGAACUUGUGCCAUUUGUUUGAGGAGUGGUUGCCCCGAGUGGGCAUGAACGGGUGGAUCGACUUGAUUUCUGGCAUGGAGCAGGAGAGCGAGCAGGACUCCGGAGAUGUGUGGGGUAUCGAUUUGGACGAGUUGUCGUCGGAGUUACUGGACGUAUCGGUGGACUGGAAGCAUGAUCUUGGUGCCUACAUCGUCGGCCGGCUUCAACCGCACCUGCUGGUGAGUGGCAGGAGCUACUUGUGGCACGCCGUGGAAGUGGCCGGUUCCUUGAAACUGGGUGGUGCCCCGCUACACGCUGUCACUUGGGCGGCAAUGCUGGCCUUCCUGGAGGCUUCAGAGUGGUCCAAUGCGUCGGGACUCUGGGAUUUUGCCAUGGGACACAUCUGCUCCGCCUUUCAGCAGGAACUGCCGGGCCUCUUUGUGCACUGUAUACAUGGCUUUGGACAUGGAGCCAUGCUGGCCGGUAUCGUGCUUGGUCUGGAUUCAGGCCAGCGAUCGACCUACACGUCUCGACCUGCCUGCGAGCGAGUGCGAAAUGGAACUGCAGGCUUCGAGCUGUCAAUGCAGAUGCUGGACAAUGCCAUGGGAAUCUGCCGCUCCAGCCAGUCUCCGCAACUGGGCUACAUUUGUGCUGGCGGUGCCUUCAUGGAGUUCUGGAAGACGCGCGGUAAAGGUUGGACUCCGGAGUACGAUGGCGACUCCUUGCCAAAGGAGCCGAUCGAAGAAGUGGAUGUAGCUCAAGAGUGGUCGUCUCCAGAACGAAGACACCAGGCGGCGGAGAGAAGAAGUGGGGAAAUGAAAACCUGGAUGUUUGAGCACAGCUGUGCGUUUGCAAACCUGUCGGCAGCUUGUUUUCGCUUCGAGCCGGGCCUUGGCGUUGAGCAUCAGGCGAAGAACUUCCAGGCUUUGGCCGACGUGCCGCUAUACGAGCCGUGCACUCAAAGCAUCUGGAGCUCUGGGGUCAACUGGGACCUGGAGCACCUGAGAGGGUGUAUUCUGGGACGCUCCUUUUCUUUGUACAAGGAGUUCGACCUCUGGCGCUAUGGGCGACUGGCUCGGCACCUCGACACGGCAACCCGUCCCUCCGAAGAGCGGUUGCCAACACUAGUGGAGUGGUGUUCCAUGUACGAACCUUCAGGCCUGAACCAAAGUCACGCCCAGAGCGACAUCAAAUUGAAGUUUCCACUGCUGCCGGGUGUCCGGUCGUACAGCAACUGGCUUGCAUGCAUUGCUGGUUCUAUGGCGCAUGUUGCCUUCGUGGUGGAAGGAGAAGCAAUUAGCGACUCUGUGGUGCAGCACCACUGCGCUCAAAUUGACGACUUGCAGGGGAGACAGCUAUGUGUUGACAUCGGCUUGAGCAGACAUUUGCGGAACCUGUCAGAUUUGCGUAUUUGGCCCAUUGAAGUUCUCGAACAGGAGGUGGUUCACAGCUUCUGA